ACUAGCACCCUAAAGCAUCCCUUUAAUUCCAGAUAUCGAUGUACACACGGUUUGGGAUAUCUGCGCGCGGCUUGCGCUGCAAGUUCCUGGCGUCACGGCACCUCGCUCGACACUACUCUUUCAUCCAGACAGAGCAAUCCAAACGGGCCAAUCUCGGAAACAUCACAGAGGCCUUGGAAGACAGUAUUCCCCACUUACUCCAGAAAGGGUUGCCUCUGCGGAUACUCAGUCGUGGAAUUAUGCUCCGCCUAUUUCCAAUCCAACACCCGUUCUUGCCGGUUAUCAAGGGCGAAAAGUCUUACAGCGGAACAGUCAAAACGCUCCAGUUUUUGACAACCUCGCUAGUUUUGGACCCUCGUGUACGGCUUCAUAUCUCAGAUAUCAGCCACAUCGAGCCGGAGGAGGAGGGCUCCGCGGGCGGCUUGGGCUCCACGGGCGGCUUGGGCUCCACGCGAGCCUACGGCCUCUACCCCGAAUCGAACAAGAUUAUGGUCCACUGGCACACCUGCCCUGAUCAGUGCGAGCAUCUCUCUUGCGAAACUACGAAUGAGAAAGCUGUUGGUGGUUCCAGUGGGACUUACAAGAUCACAGAUAGUCCCUCUGUACCAACAACAGUUUAUUGUACCAGCUAUGGAGACAGGUUGGUCUGGAACCAGCUUCCCCUGAAGCCGAUGAUAGGCAUCAAUCUAGCGUACUAUAAGCUACUUCCAAAUUCGGUCGAGACACUCAUAUCUUCGUUUCUCCAAAAGAAUUUUAUACCGCAGAGCGGAACAAGCAUUGCGGGAACCUCGCCCGGCAGAAUCCUCUCAGGGAUCUUUAUCUUUGAGUUGAACGAAGCAUGCGACGAGAUUAUUGUCCAUACCAUCGAGGAUGUAGAAAUUUUAGAGAGAAAGGAUACCGCCCCGGUAGGAAUCGGCGGGUUCUGCCCAUCCUAGAAUUUGCCAUCUUUUUAACCUGAAGUGUGUUUGAAGUGGCUGGUUAUCUUACGCCAUUGUGGAGGUCAUUGAAGGUCUGUUGAUAAAACUACGGGUCAAUUUGUUACCAACUUACGAUUGAAAUAACUUCACGCGCAGGAAUACGCUCUUUUACCUUUUGGUCUGCUUUCGUGUACAUAGUAAUGCGUAAUCAUUAUACAAAUAAAUAAGUAAACCGUCGAAAUAUAAC